AUGGUGAUAUGGUUACAUCCCGACAAUAAGCCUAAGACCAUUCAACAAGUCGAUGCAAUGGUUUCUGCUGAGAUACCAGAUAAGGAUCAAGAUCGUGAUGGCUACAAUGCUGUAAAACAAUUCAUGAUUCACGGACCAUGUGGCACAAUUAACAACACAUCUCCGUGUAUGGAUACUGAACGUAAGGUUUGUACACGGCAUUUUCCGAAAAGGUAUGCUUCAGAGACAACCUUUGAUGAUAGUGGAUUUCCAGUGUAUAGACGACGCAAAACAAAUCAUACUGUUCAAAAGAAUAAUGUUGACUUAGACAAUCAAUGGGUGGUGCCGUAUAACAGAGAAUUGUUACUCAUGUUCCAGUGUCAUAUCAAUGUAGAAAUCUGCAAUCACUCAAGAAGUUUAAAGUACCUUUUCAAAUAUUGCAUGAAAGGACACGAUCGAGCAACCAUGCUAUUGGUUAGAGCUAAAAAUACAGUGCAUGAAAGUACUCGGCAAUCAGACACUACUAAAGUUGCUCCUAUUAAUGAAAUCAAACAAUAUUUAGAUGGUCGGUAUGUGUGCGCUUCGGAAGCAAUCUGGCGAAUAUAUGGAUUUCAUAUACACCUCAGAAGUCCAUCUGUUGAACGACUGCCAAUUCAUUUAGAGGAUAUGCAGACUAUCACUUUCAACAGUAAUGAAUUGUUAACAAAUGUUGCAAAACGUGCUUCUUUUCGACUUAGUAAGCUCCAAGCAUGGUUUCAAGCUAACCGAGAAUAUCCUUGGGCACGAGAUCUCUACUAUCAAGAGUUUCCUGGUUCUUUUGUGUGGGAUGCUAAUUCAACCAGAUGGACACCUAGAAAACAAGAUUUUGUUGUUGGCAGGAUGAACUCCACAUAUGCAUCUUCGGGAGAUUUAUUCUACUUAAGAAUGAUACUCACUAGAGUCAAAGGAGCAAUGUCUUUUAGGGACCUUCGAACUGUCAAUGGACAAGUAUAUAAAACUUUUAAAGACACAUGCAAUGCUUUGGGACUUUUAGAAAAUGACAUGGAGUGGCACGAGGCAAUAAAGGAAAAUGCCCACCACGCUACUGCGUCACAGUUGCGUCAACUUUUUGUGCAUAUUAUCGUGAACUGCGAGGUCAGCAACCCAGCAAAGCUCUGGAAUGAUCAUAUCAAAGAUUUUUCAGAUGAUAUACUUUGGAAGCGGCGCCAUAUUUCUAAAAACAAUGAGCUGACAUUGUCUGAAGAGGAAAUACAAUUUUGGGCUCUUUCAGAACUUGAGCAAAUAUUGAAUUGCAUCGGGAAGUCUCUACGGAGUUAUUCAGAUAUGCCAUUCCCUCCCGCUGAAUUUCUAUGCGGAAUUUCAAACACUCUUAUUGCGGAGGAAAGAAGUUAUGAUAUUCAGACCAUGAUAGCCGAACACCAACAGUUGCACUCAACUUUAAAUAGAGAUCAGACGGUAGUAUACAAUUCUAUAAUUGAAUCUGUUCAUAACAAAAGUGGGAAGUUUUUUUUUGUACAUGGGAGCGGUGGAUGUGGAAAGACCUUCCUUUGGCGAACAAUAAUUUCAAAAUUGAGAUCUGAAAGAAAAAUUGUUUUACCCGUUGCAUCCUCUGGAAUUGCAGCCGUGCUAAUGCCAGGAGGUAGAACUGCUCAUUCGAGAUUUAAAAUACCAUUAGAUGUAGAUGAACAUUCAAGUUGUGGUGUGAAAAUGGGAACCGAUAUAGCUGAGUUAUUACAGAAUACAGAUCUAAUUAUUUGGGAUGAGGCUCCAAUGCAAAAGAAGUAUGCAUUCGAGGCACUAGACCGAGCUCUUAGAGAUAUACGUGGCAACAUUUCAGAAGACAACAGGCUGAAGUCAUUUGGUGGUAUUACCGUAGUUCUUGCAGGUGAUUUUAGACAGAUCUUACCCGUUGUAGAGAAGGGAAAUAGGCAUGACAUUGUUAGCGCUUGCGUAAACCGGUCUUAUUUAUGGGAUCAAGUUACAUUUUACACUCUUAAACAAAACAUGAGGCUCAAAAGAGGUAAUACUGAACAGCUUAACAAUGAUAUUGAUGAAUUCAGUAAGUGGGUGCUAGACAUUGGCGAGGGACGCCUUUCAUUUAUCAGUGAUGAUGAUCCAAACAAGGAUCCAGAAGUUGUAAUUCCGCAAAAGUUUGUUAUCCCCUGCACAAAUAACCCUCUAUCUGAUAUUGUUGACAUUGUAUACCCAAAUAUUGAAUGUAAUUUCAAAGAUCAUCGAUAUUUACGGGAUAGGGCAAUUCUUGCUCCAACUAAUAAGGUAGUUGAUGAACUUAAUGAGAACAUCAUGGAUCGUAUACCAGGUGAGGAACAAGUGUACUUGAGUGUUAAUAGUAUUGAUGAAGGCCCGGUAAAUGAGACAGAACUGAAUUCGGCUUUUCCAGAAGAAUUUUUGAACUCAAUCGACAUGUCUGGACUUCCCAAGCACAAGCUAAAACUCAAACCUGGUGUCGUGGUCAUGCUGACAAGGAACAUUAAUCAGGCUUUUGGAUUGUGUAAUGGCACACGUAUGGUGGUUAAAAAAAUGUUUAAAUGGACAGUUGAAUGUGAGAUCAUCACCGGAAGUCAUUCUGGAAGUAGACAUAUAAUUCCAAGGAUGAUAACUACACCUUGCGACAACAACUCUAAAUGGCCUUUCAUAUUCAAAAGGAAACAGUUUCCUCUACAGAAAACACAUAUUCAUGCUUUCGCCGGACUGGAUUUUGUCAAUGGGAUCGACGAAGUUCCUGAAGAGGGAAAGGUUUACAUCAUAUCAGAAUUUAAUGUUGAUGAUGCAACUUAUUCUUAUUCAGCUGUUAGUAACAAAAAAGAAAUAUAUUUUCUUAAACGCACAAACAUGACACUGAUCGAGGAGGAUGACGGAAUGAUUCCAGAAUAUAAGUUUGAGUUGGUCGCUUUCAACGCUCUCAAAAGCAGAGUUGGAGACACCAAGAUCUUGACAGAUCUUAUGGGGUUAGUUGAAAAUAUACUUCCGAUGCAAAGCCGCAACACAUCCACGGGCCCAAAAGACAUAUUACUGUUUGACAUUACAGACGGGAGGCUAAAUGCUAUAAAUGGACCCAUUACUGUGGAUCAUAAUGCUUCAGUGACUGAGUCUUUGGACAAGACGAUACAAACAUAUAAUCUGAAGCAAAUUACCGACCUUAGACAUUCAGAUAUGCAAAACCUGGAGGUGAUAUGUCAUGUAUCCGUCACUAGCAUCGAUGCACAGUCUAGAUGGUGGUUUUAUAGUUGUGACGCAUGCCCGAAGGAACUCUCUUUCAUCGACAAUAACUACAAGUGCGAGGAAUGUGGCAAAACUGUAUUCUACCCUGACAAGAGGUUCAAGGUCUCUAUGUACGUUACUGAUCCCACUGAUACAAUUCAAGUGUUUAUGUUCGAUCGUGAGGAAGGAAAGGGAGACCAACUCCCGGAAAAAUUGCUCAACAUCGUUGGGACAAGACUUACUCUCACUUUAUCCCUAAAUGCUAAAAACUUAGUUGAUGGCAAUUCGGUCUAUUUUGCUUCAGAUGUAGUCAAGGUGGUUGCAACUUCUGAAAAUGCAUCAAGUGAACACACUUCUGAACAAAAUACUAUGGUUCCAGCUUCCGAUCUCAACGGUCAUGUUGUUGAUACCCCGACGGAGAUAAAACCACCACCAAUCAAACGUGUACACAACAAACACGACGGGCCUAACAAAAAGAAUAAAUCUUAA